AUGUCGAUGAACUUCGUGACGUUUAACCAGGACUAUAGCUACCUAGCUGUGGCGACUUCCAAGGGGUUUCGCAUCUUCACCACGGACCCUUUCGCGAAAAGCUAUGAGACGAAGGAAGGGAAUAUUGCCAUCAUUGAGAUGCUAUUCUCGACGUCCCUGGUUGCGCUGAUACUAUCACCACGUCGCCUUCAAAUAACUAAUACCAAGCGCCAAUCCACGAUAUGCGAAUUGACUUUUCCCACGACCGUGCUGGCAGUGAAGCUGAACCGGAAACGGCUUGUCAUUGUGCUGGAGGACCAGAUUUACCUCUAUGAUAUCCAGACAAUGAAGCUCCUGUAUACCAUCGAGACCUCUCCCAAUCCCAACGCACUAUGUGCCCUCUCCCCAUCCUCCGAUAACUGCUAUCUGGCAUACCCUCUGCCGCAAAAGGCACCGCCCUCUACGUUCCAACCUCCAGCUCACGCUCCUCCGGGGACGACUCAUGUUACACCUACAAGUGGCGAGGUCUUGAUCUUUGAUACUUUAAAGCUGGAAGCGAUCAACGUUAUUGAAGCGCAUCGGUCUCCGCUAGCGUGCAUCACGUUGAACAGUGAUGGAACCCUUAUAGCCACGGCAUCGGACAAGGGAACUAUCAUACGGGUAUUCUCUGUCCCCGACGGGCGCAAGCUUUACCAGUUCCGGCGAGGGUCGAUACCAUCCAGAAUCUACAGCAUGUCUUUCAACACCACCUCGACUCUCCUUUGUGUAUCUUCUUCCACGGAAACGAUCCACUUAUUCAAAUUAAGCCUUCAAUCACAGUCACCGGACGCCACACCAUCCUCUUCACUUACAGCCGCUGAUCGAAGGUCUAGCCAAAGCUCAUUGGGGCAAUUGUCUGACGCCGAUGACAGGGUUGGAGAUAUGGGCUCCUCCGAGCUUGCGUCGAGGAAACACAAUGGAACUCUGAUGGGCAUGAUCCGGCGCACCUCACAAAAUGUUGGCAGCACAUUUGCUGCCAAGGUUGGAGGCUACCUCCCCAAGGGAGUCAGCGAGAUGUGGGAGCCCGCCCGAGACUUCGCUUGGAUCAAACUACCAAAAUCUAACCCAGGGCCCGGAGCAAAUGGGAACAACGGCCCGUUGCGCAGUGUGGUCGCUAUGAGCGCCAACACUCCCCAGGUUAUGGUGGUGACUAGCGACGGCAACUUUUAUGUGUUCAACAUCGAUCUCUCCAAGGGUGGUGAGGGGACGUUGACUAAACAAUACUCGUGA